UUGCUGGAAAAAAAUAUUUUAAGCAACAGAGAGCAUGGAUUCAUGAAAGACAGAAGUUGUCAAACAAAUCUGAUUUCAUUUUAUGAGGAGGUGAGCAAAACCUUGGACAGAGGGGUGGUGGUGGACGUGGUAUACUUGGACAGAGGGGUGGCGGUGGAUGUGGUAUACUUGGACAGAGGGGUGGCGGUGGAUGUGGUAUACUUGGACAGAGGGGUGGCAGGUGGAUGUGGUAUACUUGGACAGAGGGGUGGCGGUGGAUGUGGUAUACUUGGACAGAGGGGUGGCGGUGGACGUGGUAUACUUGGACAGAGGGGUGGCGGUGGACGUGGUAUACUUGGACAGAUGGGUGGCGGUGGACGUGGUAUACUUGGACAGAGGGGUGGUGGUGGAUGUGGUAUACUUGGACAGAGGGGUGGC